CUAGAUUUGACUAUUCCCAUCUAAAUUUCAAGAACUUAAAAAACUCUAGAAGUGUGUACAAAAACGGACAUUCAUGACAUUGAACCCCUAUUCGAUAAACCGUGAGGCCGUGACCGGCCACUUGAUCGGGUCAAUUUGCAGACGGGGUUUUUAAUUCAUCAAACCUCUGCAAUCCUUAUCGAGACAUAAUAUGGGGAAAGUACAUGGGAAUCCUUCCUCGCCUGUCGUGCCAUCUUUGCCAUCCUAACCCUUCUCCGCCCCCUUCAAGCUGCGCUGAAAUUUAUUCUGAUUUUCAUAGUCAAUUACUCUUUUCUCGCGGAAGAUCCAGCUUUUGAUCUGGGGUUUAGUGGCAUACUGCUGGGGUAUUGAGUAGACAGGGUUUUGAAUCUGCUAAUUGGUGGUUUGCUGAUCGAAUCAAGACAUCAUAUUGCUUAAAUGAUAUUGUGCUGGAUAGUUUGUUGAUACAUUUUGCAAAUGGCAGCUGAUCAACGGAAGAAACGUAUGAAUUCUGUAAACAUAGUUGCUUGCUCUCAGGACCGAAAUGGUUCCAAAAAGAGGAAACAAGGAAUAUCCGAAUAUGGUUUUAGGAUGAGAUGUAAUGUCUCUCUUGUUUGGGAUGAGAAGAAAAAGCGUGUUGUUUCUAAAGGGGAUCAAAUUGGCAUGUCAUGGAGGGAUUUCAUGCCAUUUUCUGGUUCUGUUCCACGCCACCACAAUAUUUUGGCUGAUGUUCUCAAUGUGCCACAUGAAAUUUUUGAUUUGGAUAAUUUAGCUGAAGUCCUCACGCCAGAGGUUUGGCAGACUUGUUUGUCUCACACUGAGCAGAGCCUUCUUUCAGAAUAUCUUCCUAAAGGAAUUGAUGCAGAUAAGCUCGUGCAUGAUUUGCUCGGAGGGGAUAAUUUUCUCUUUGGGAACCCUUUCCAUAAAUGGAGUUAUGAUCUAUGUUCUGGCAAUUUACAUCCUGAUGCUAUCACUAGUCAUCGACAAUCUAUCAAGUCUCAUAAAAAGACUUACUAUUUGGUGUUACAAAAAUACCAUGCCAGUAUGAUUGAUAACUUGAAGACAUGGAAGGACAAAUGGGCAAGUUGCAAGGACUCUGAUGAGGAAAUUGCAGAGAUGAUAUGGAGGUCAACAAAGUUUCAUAGGAACAGAGGGCAUAGCUUAGAACUUGAUGCUGAAGAGAACUUUGUACGCACGCCUGAGUUUUCUUGGGCAGCUGGCGACAAAGGCUUUAGUAGUGACAGCCCAAACCCAUCAGUGUUGCAGGGAGAUACUCAAAGGAGAAAGGUUUGUGUAGACAACCAAUAUGGUAAUUCUUUGGAUUGGAAUAAUGCGGCAAAGCAUAAGAGGGGAGAGCAAAUACAGAAGCGUAAUAUACAGCAAAUAGAUGGUUCCAAAUACAUGUCUUACAUUAAGGUUAGCAAGGAGCACUAUGAACGUGUUAAGAGUAGCAUGACCCAUAGUAGCAAUAGCAUCCAAUCAAGGUCCCUAAAUAACGUUUUAGGUAACAUAAAAAAUCUCCAUGUAAAACCUUUUGAAGCAUAUGAGGAAGAAGAGAGGCAGAAAUUACAUGAGCACUGGCUGCAACUUGCAAAUAGAGAUCUUCCUGCUCAUUACUCAAAUUGGUUGAAGCGGCAAUCACAGGAAUGUCAAUUGAGAAAGUCUAUAGGUCAUGAAAUGGAAGAGCUGAAACCCCUAAGUCAGGAUAGCAUGAGGGUAUUUCAUCAUCUCAAGUCCCUGGAAAUGAAAAGCAACGAAGUAACAAAUAUUGCACCAACACUGACUGCACAGGCUGCCAAGGAUGAUGAGGAAGAUACGUCCAAUAGGUUUCUCUUGCAUCAAACCAAUAAGAAUUCAGAAGAUCACAGCUCAUCCCAUGUCUUGGUAGAGGAAGAUGAAAUUGAUAAGCCUGUUUGGAUUGCUCCGGAAAAGAUUCAUCAAAACACCGUAACCAUCAAAGGAGAUAGUUGGUCUAGCUCAAUUUCUCAACAACAUCAGCACGUGCAGCAAAUGGUCUCGCUUAGUGACACUAAUCAGUUCAAUGAACCGGAUCUAGAUCUACGUGAUGAUGGUAUUAUUAAGAAAAUGGAUAAAGAAUCUCCAUCUGUUUUUGAAAAGUUAAACAAAGAUGCUCCUUUAAAUCAGGGGAGCCCUCUUUCUUCUAAUAAUAAUAACAUUUGGCCAAUCAUGUCUGGGGUACCUUUUAGUUCUACUCCAUUGAACAUUGAGUACUCUGCUUGUGUGGAGCUGCCGCCGCCACUAUCGCAUCCACAUGUCAUGGAUGGUCGCCAAGAUUCCCACCUUAUUGAAGUGCACUCGUGUGAAAAAGAGAUUGUGAAGGACACACUGCACAGAGAAUCCAGCACUAGCUUUUACCCUCACUGUCCUAAUGAAACUUUGCAACCGUUCAUAAAGAGCAACAACUCUUCUAGUUCAGUUCAUAAUAAACAGGAGCAAUCAUCAUUGACUUUUCAUUCAGGAACCACCAACUUAAUGUCAGAAUCUGGUCAAUUUUCAGGGCAUUUCAAGGAGCAUAACCCUGCUUUUGUGUUGAAGCAAGCGGGACUGAGUGAUCUUUACAUGCAACAUCAAAGUGCUCUUGGGAAUGAGUACUCGGUUGGAGGAGGCACAUACUCAUUUCCACAAAGGCAGGGGAACUUGAAUAUUGCUAUUCCGGAUUGGAAUAUGAAUGCUGUGCGCUUUCCGGCUGUACAGUCUACUAAUCUUAAUGGUGAUGGGGAUUUGGGCCAGAAUUGGUUCUCUGGUGAGAAUCGAGCCCGUGGUGGAUGGUCUAGUUUGGAGAGCAGAGUUGGUCCCUCCCUUUGCAUAAGUGGGAAUGACUCUGAUCAGAGCUUAUUCAGUGUUGUAUCUGAGUGUAACGAGUUGCGGCGUGGUAUCUCCUCCUAUGAUACGAUGGGACCGACAGAGAGAUUCAUGUUUUCCGGGAACUAUGAUCAUAUGGGCUUAAGAGUUAUGUCAGGACCAAACAACUCACUACAACCAACUGCUGCUAAUAAUCCAUUGCUUACCUAUUUAAGCAGCCAUGAAGGCUCUGGUGGUCGUCCUACCAACAGCAAUAUGGGAUGGGUUAAUAAUGUGGCAAACCAGAAUUCUGGAUUCAUUGGCUAAACUAUAUCUUUGAAGUCUGGAUUCAACAGAAAUAUUGUUUCUUUUUUGGAUGAUCGUCAACCGAUCUGGAUCUUCUUCCUCCAGCAGGUUUUGAAGAGAAAUUUGGUAGGUGAGAAGACAGUAGCCCACAAUGGAGUCAUAAUAACAAUAAUACUAUUGAUUAUGUAAAUUGACAACUAAACCCAUUUCAUGUGUAUAUAUUAAAUUACUACCAAGAGUAGAUGCUAGGAAUUUUUGUUUAGUUGAGGGAUACGUUAUUGAUGAUAGGUGAAACCACAAACUUUGUGCAUCCUCUUUGUUUUGAUGCUUGCUUCCUUCAAAGUGCUGUUUUCAAAUUUUGAUAGAAAAAU